GUUUCAACUUGCAGGAAAUCAACAGCAGGUUAUAAUUUAACCAAACUUUUUGUCGGUUCUCAGGGAACCCUUGGAGUGAUAACCCAAGCAGUAGUAAAAUUGCAUGCAAGACCAGCAGUUUGUAGUGUUGCAGUCUGCCCAUUUUUAACCGUGAACAAGGCUGUUGAAGCAGCUGUUGGCACACUUCAGUGUUCAGUACCAAUUGCAAAAUUAGAAUUUUUGGAUGCCAAUGCGAUCGCUGCUUGUAAUAAAUAUAGUAAAUUGACACUUACUGAAUCACCAUCUCUUUUCGUGGAGUUUCAUGGUAGUUCUGAAGCUGAAGUAGCCGCGCAAGCAAGUCUUGUUGAAAUAUUUGCUAGCAACGAUGGUACUCAAUUCACUUGGCUGCAUGCACUAGAAGAACAGAAAAAACUUUGGAUUGCUCGACAUUCAGUACAUAAUUCCAUCUUGUCUUUGAAAGAUAAUCUAGCACAUGCUUUAUUAUUUAUUUUUGAUGGAGCAGUAGUCGGUCACGUAGGUUUUGGUCACUUUCGCUGCAUUUUAUUAGCUGAUGACUCCGAUGAAAAUCAGAAAAGAGUCAUUAUGGAAUUAUUCGACCAUACUUAUAGGCGCGCGCUCGCAGUGGGGGGAUCAUGUGCUGGUGAAUUUGGGAUCGGAAUUGAUCAACGAAAAUAUUUGAAAACUGAACGUGGGGAAGUCGGCGUGAAUACAAUGAUUGCCAUUAAAAAAGCAUUGGAUCCAAAUGGAAUAAUGAAUUCCAAAAAACUCUUCAUGGAGAUCUGAAC